UUAUAAGUGUCGUUUGAAUAUAUUUCAUUAAUGAAAUCUUUUUUCACCUUGUUAAAAAAAAUAAUAAAUAAAUUGGAAAGUGCCAAAGUCUCCCGCCCUAGUGCGCCUUUAGCCAAGCCAAUAAAAGCAAUAUAGAUGUCCAAAACUCCGAACCUAAUUUUUAACAAACCCAAAACUUAAAAAAAACAAAAAAAAAGGGUUUUAAAUAUGUUGAACUUUUCCAUACUUUUGUAGGGUUUUUGCGUUUUCACUCUCCCACUGUCAUCAGUCUACACUCUCACUCAGUUUCUACAUCGUUCUUCCAAUCCCCCAACCUUUCAAUUAGACCUUUUACAUUUUCGUAUAUGAGAAGAUUUGAAAAAAUUGUAGCAUGUAUAGUUUGAAGGGAAAUUGGGUUGGGCAAACAUUUGCUUUAGCUACAUCAAAUGAUUCAGGGGGUAAAAGGUCUCGAAUUCGGCGUUCCAAAGAGGAAAGAAAGAUUAUGAUUGAGUCUUUCAUUAAAAGAUACCAGAGUUCUAAUAAUGGGAAUUUUCCAUCUCUGAAUUUAACUCAUAAAGAGGUUGGGGGUUCGUUUUAUACCGUUCGGGAGAUUGUUAGGGAGAUAAUUCAAGAGAAUAGGGUUCUGGAUCCUGGACAAUUUAAUUAUGAAGAGCAAAAAGAUGAUACCAUUGCGGUUGAUUAUCCGUUGGGAACAAUUUCUUCUGAACCUCAAGGUGUUUUGUUUCAGACAACAAGCGGACUGAAUGGUUUUUCGAGUCAAGAAAAAAAGGAAACUAUGGUGCUCAAUUUAGACAACAAUGGGCAAUCUACCAGUCAUUUUGAUUUGGAUGUUGUCCUGUACUCUACUGAACACCAGACUGAAAAAAUAGGGGAAGAGGCUGUUAAGGUGGCAUGUAUAUCAAGUGAUAAGAUUGUUAACCCUGUUAUUUCGGAUCAUCAAGAACAGGAAAAUUUGGAGGAGGUGUCUUUGAAUAGCAAUGGGCAGUGUUUCAAUGUGAGUGAAAUGGAUAGUGAUCAUUUUGUAAACCAUGUGCAGAUUAAUGACACGUCUGAGGAGUUUGAUAAGCUGUUAGCAGAAGGAUCACCAGAAUGUGAGAAUUUAAAAGCAGGUGAAGAAUCAGAAAGUACAGGUACACAAGAAACUAAUUCAACACUUUCAACUGAGGUUGUGCAGGUAGAGACUUUCCCAUUGAGGCCCACAACUGAGGAAACUAAUGACUUAAGAAGCAUAUCAUCUGAAUCAGGAAAAUUCGAUUGUAAUUUGAAUGAUUUGGUAGCUGAAAAGGUUAAAUUAAGCAAUAGCACUCUGGUCUUGGGUAAAGAUAUCUCCUCUGACAAUUCUUCUGAUCUGAUGACAAUUAAGAGAGAAGAACACUUUGAAGUUUCAGCAUCAGGUGGAAGCCAUGAUAUGAUAAUUCAGCAUGCAGAGGUCAACCAUAUGGUGGUUCAACAUAGGGAGGAUAAUCUCAAAAUUGACUCGAUAGAUAUGCCCGAUUCGGUCCCAAGCAAAGAUGAUACUGUAUUCCACCAUGAUCGCGUGAACCAAGUACCACCACAUGAUGACUCAACAUUGAAGACUGCUGAACCAAAUAACCUUCAGCCAAAAACUGCUUCAAAGGGAACAAGUUGCUUGGAAAAUAUAAAUGAUUCAAGUGGCAAAAAUUUCAAGGAGCCAACAGUUGUAACUGGAAAUGAUUCAAAGAGAGAUGGAAAACCUAUAGUUGGAAGUUCUCCUCUGUUAGAUAGAAUUGACCUUGAAUCAUGGAAAGCCUCAAAGAAAGAAGGCAAUCCUCUACUGACUAUCUUUAAAGCUUUUGUAGAUGCCUUUGUUCGAUUCUGGUCUGAAUGAUUUGUUGGUCCCCAAAUAUGUAGUUGCAAGUUUUGUAGUCACAGUGUAUUAUUCUGAUUAGAUUUGCAUUCGAGAAUAUAGCAAUGUUAAAUAUUAAGGUGGGGGUGGUGGUGAUUUUGUUGUAGUUUACCGUUGAGCAUAUACUUGAACAAUCUAAAGUGUUUGCUCCGAUUUCUUCUGGUUUUCAGCUACGUCUGUGUGUGUAGUGUCUUCAGCCUAUAUUCUAUCAUGUCUUCUUAUAUGUAAAUAUGGUGAUAUUUGAAAUGAAGCUAUGUUUUUAAGUUUGUCAUUGACACGAUCUCCAAAUAUUGUAUGAAGGCGGAUUGACAUUAA